CAAACGGCGUAAACAAGUCAGCUGAAUUCAUCGAAUAUUUCCGACAAUAUUGCCUCGUGGCUUCUGUCUCUUUUCCUCCAUUGCCUUCUGACCGCCACGACGUUUGAGACGCAGUUUGAAUACUGAACUCUCUUUUUUGCCUCUCGCCUCUCGCUGACCGACUCGGUUUCGAGUCCUCCUUGCUCCUACCUCCCGUCUCGAUGCGGCAUUGGAACGACUUGCACGAGAGCUUAGCUGCGCCCAGCCCGAUUGUGCCUACUGGUCCGCUGUUGUUGUCGAAACAUCACCACCAGAAACAUCUCUAUUAUACAAUGUCUGCCCCCAAACAACAGCUUCCGUUCUCUACAAACAGCACACAGCCCCUUCCACUUCCAUAUUCGGGUGGUUCUGAAGACCACAGCCAUCUUAAGACAGACCAGGGCGUGGCGGACUUGGUUCACCAUCUUCAGACUCAGACUGCUUCUUCUCCACCCGGUUCACUCUCUUCAGGUUCUCCUCCACCUACCGCUACUGGUGCUCGCGAGAUGUUCAAAGCUGGACACCGUCGUCUUCGACAAUUGGCCCAGCGCCAGAAGAAAGAUGCCCCCGACCCCGAGACCAAAGCCGAGGAGGACAGAGCGCAGCUCUCCGCCCUGCAGCGAGAAGGUCUCCUGCCUGCGUCCGCCGUCAAGAAGUCACACUCCAAGAAGGAGAGUGUCGAUUCCACACCGUCAGACUCAAAGUCUGUUUCACAUGCCAGCUGCAAGUCGAGUUCGCGGCGCGAUGUCGAGCGCAUCGGGCAGCCGUGGCUGGCUGAUCCGCUUGAAAGAUGCAUGGGUGAUCCGCUCAUGUCGUCGGGGCGUGUUACUUCGUUGGAUUUGAGUCACCUGAAUUUUUCUAUGAAUAGUGCUGUAGCUCAGGAGUCGGGGACGGAGGAUAAGAAGGCACUGCCGUUUCAGCCGUUGACUCUGCCGGAUUUUAUCGCUAGUGGGAGACGGGAUUCUGCACAGCAGGCGCUGGAUGGAUUGCUCGAACAGGCUGCUAAAGUCUUGCCAGCAGACAAUGCUUCUCCUUCCAACCAUGCGAACAAAGAGUCCAAACCUGCCAACCCAUCCGAGCCAAGCACGACUGAGCUAAAGAAACCCGAAAACACCGACUCGAAACCCAAGCCCGCCUCGAAGAACACCCUUAAGCUCUUCCCUGACCCCGUCCCGCCGCGAUUAUCGAGUAAAACAGCAUUGCGGUUAUCCAAGGUUCCGCCGGCGAAUGGCCCCCAGCGCGCACAGCAGAAACUCCCGACAUUGAACGAGACUUCGAAAUCGGCAUUACCGUCUCCCACCGCACAGCACGCCAAGGAUCAUCCGAAAGAGCCCAGGUCAGCUCCAGCAGCUACCAGUCAGUUCACCGGCAUCGAGCGAGAGAAGGCAACAGAGACGGAACAGCCCAAAGACAGACAGCCUCGUUACUCGGCUUUUCCUAUGAAUGCCAUAAACGCAUUUCCUCUGCCUGCACCCACGAGACCUUUGCCUUCGUUGCCCGAGGGUGUCACAACUGAUGCAAAGGCACCCAAGGAAAAGGGGCGUCCUAUCCGGAAUAUGUCCAGCCCUGUCCCUGAUUCGAACCCCCAUCUGACAGAAACUGCUCGCCAUCCCCCAAACCAACCUGCGAAAUGCGCAACACCUGAUCCGGCUCAGGAGCGGAACCGUGCGGGAGUCCCUGCACGUAGGGUGAAGGAAAUGGCGCAGCAUCUUGACGUGGCUGCUUCGAGGGGAGCCGAAAAGAGGUCGCGAUCGUUGGACGUCGCUCGUCCGGAGGAACCGAGGGGCCAUGCAAAGCAGAAUGUCAGGCGCAGCAUGGAGGUCACCCAGUGGGUUCAUAGGGAUGCUGUAACAGGUCCUUUGCCUACUCCACCACCGGAUUCUACCACACGCUCCAGUGGCAGGGCUGCACCUACGAGCCCGAAGUUGAAGUAUAGCGAGCCAGCAUUGGCGCCUGCGUUUCGCGCGAGUCAGAUACAGCGAAGCAACAGCUACCAGGAGCCGAUUCGGAACGAAAGGACGAGCUUUGAGCAGCACGACCUCCGCUCCGAAUACCCCAUCCCCUCUUCAGAUGAAGAAGGUAUCGCUCGCAACCCCUGGCCAAGCCAAGCACAGAAGAAGCGCCGACGAGCGAAACAGCAAAAACCAGUCGACCCCGCUGGGUCAACACAGCAGGUUCCUCGCAUUGAGAAGCCUGCACAACGUGAGUCCACGUCGCCGCAGAACUGCAGCAGCCGCAGCUUUGGCAGGUCGUCGCCCCUGUCCCAGGACUCCCAGUACACAUGUCACUCUCAUGACUCGAGCGUCAUAAGCAUCCUCGAAGGGCGCAUUGCACAGCUCGAACGACAGAAUAAGGUCCUCCAAGCCGCCCUCCUCGCAGCCCUGGACGUCGGUAAUAAGGGUAGCGCUGAGAGUCUCAUCAGCGGAACAGUCGCAUCCUUGCUAUCCGCACCGUCAGUUUCGUCGUCCAAGACAACGCCGCCGUCGAGCUAUGAUGAGCGAACGGAAAAGUCGAGGCGAAGGGAGACUUGGCUGGAUACCAGUAGCAGACGCAGUAGCAUCAAUUCCGCUGGUGAGGAUAUGGAUUUUGGAUGGUUGUCGGAUAAGUCGAGUGUAGACGAUUCACUCAGAGUGCCAUAAUAGUUGGCUCUGACGCUCUUUGUCUUUCCUUCUCUUUCAUUUGUAUAUCUAUGGUGGGUUUCAUGUAUAAUUAAUCGCGUUCAUUAUCUGUCAGCGUUGGGUUCUGUCGUUUUAUCACUCAUGCCCAUGAUACCAAUUUUGUUAGUUGCG